UUUAAGUUGGAAAACAUGAAGCCGAUUUUACUUUUAUCAUUUUUAUCCCUUUCACUGCUCAUUCAGUUCAUCAACUGUGAAGGGGAUCUUACAUUUUCUUUAAUUCUGGAUAAAUUUUAUGAGAAAGCGAGUGAAGAAGGAGUGACAAUAAAAAAGCCCCAAUUGGAUUUCGUACUCAAUAUUGCAAGCGAUAUCAAUGAAAUUCAAAAUAAAUUUCAAGUUUCGGCGAUGGACACGGUGCCAAAAAUGCGAAAAAUGCCAAACACCUUCAAAAUGAAACAAAAAAGUGAUGGUAUAAAAGAUAUGAUUAAUCUAGCAAUUGGCGACGAGUUAGUUAAAAUUCGAAAUAUUUAUGUGGACAUUUUGGAGGCAAUUGUCUACAAACCAGCCAUCAAAUAUGAUCAAGUUUUGGAAAAUUGGUUGACUUUGUGGAGCCGCGAUCCUAUGGACAAGGAACAUGUGAAAAAUGUUAACGGUCAAAUAAGCAAGAUGAAAAAAUUAGUUGGAAAGGUGCAAGAAAAAUUUAACAAAGAAAUCAAAGUAUUCGAUUGACAAAGAACAGCAAUAGAUAAAUUGAUUUUGUCAUCAAAACCAUCGCUUAAUGAUCUUUUGAUGACGAACAAUGCAGCAGAACUGGUAACAAUUCUUUCAAACAUCGGAUCGUCUACGGGACGCUUAAGUACACUAUUAACAGGUUUAUAUACACAGCUUGAGACUUUGAAAAAUACUCUAAUCGACUACAAUACGAAACGUAUUGUAUGUAUUGAGUUCAUGAUAGGAAUUAGAGAAUAUCUAACGUCGGAGCGUAAAAUAUUGAACACACAUUUAUUGGCUAGUUUCGCAAAUAUGAAAGAGGAUCAUUUCAGUAGUGCAAAUCUGGCUGCAUCGUCAAUGACAUCUUCGUCUCCUUCAUUUUCCGUCGAUUUUAAAGACAAUUAUUUCUAAUGAAAAAUUAUUGUGGAACUCUUUCUUGACACAACAAUUUGAUUUAAUAAAAAAAAAUUAAUGUAAAAA